AUGUAUCCAUUUUUCCUAUCUGCACAUCGUCUUACUUGCUCACAAAGAUAUUACUCACAAAGUUCAAAGCUUUUCCCCCUCUUUCUCCUCAGCUUAGACAAGACUCUGCCUGACCCACGGAAAGUCACAGCACCGCCUUUCCUUUGUAACGUCUGGUUUUUCUCCAUAACUCUUUUUUUUCUUUUCAUUUGUUUUUUGUUUUUUGUUUUUUUAUUCUUUCUUUCUUUCUUUCUUUCUUUCUUUCUUUCUUUCUUUCUCCUUGAGUUUCUUUCUUUCUUUUCAUUCGUGUUUCUUUCUUUCUUUCCCCUUGAGUUUCUUUCUAUUUCCUUAAGUUUCUUUCUUUCUUCAUUUUCCUCAGUUUUCUUUCCCGAGGAUUUUCCUUCUUUCUUCCACUAUGGCCAGCUAUUAUCUAUCUAUCAGACCAUGCACAUACAUACUUCUAUCUAUCUAUCUAUCUAUCUAUCUAUCUAUCUAUCUGCUACCAUAUCUAUCUAUCUAUCUAUCUAUCUAUCUAUCUAUCUAUCUCAGCCUGUUCAUCAUAUCUAUCUAUCUAUCUAUCUAUCUAUCUAUCUAUCUAUCUAUGUCAGUCUCUUCGUAUCUAUCUAUCUAUCUAUCUAUCUAUCUAUCUAUCUAUCUGUCUGUCUGUCAGUCUAUACACAUCUGAUCUAUCUAUCUAUCUAUCUAUCUAUCUAUCUAUCUAUCUAUCUCUCACUCUCUCUCUCUCUCUCUCUCUCUCUCUCUCUCUCUCUCAAAUCCUCCUACUAA